AUGAAACUGGUGGAGGUAGAGGGAUCCCGCACGCUCCAAAACACAUAUUCUGCCCUUGACAGCCAUCUUGGCCAGACCUACUCAGUCUUGGUCACAACCGAUCAGCCUGCACAGGAUUACUAUGUUGUGGUUUCUUCCUCCCGCUUUACGUCUCCGGUGUUGACAACAACAGCCAUUCUUCACUACAGUAACUCAGCCAAGGGAGUUUGGGGUCCUCCCCCUAGUGGCCCAACCACCCAGGUUGAUUGGUCCCUCAACCAGGCCAGAUCUAUUCGAUGGAAUUUGACAGCGAGUGGUCCACGGCCUAAUCCCCAAGGCUCCUUUCACUAUGGAUUGAUCAAAACCUCUCGUAUGAUCAUGCUGGAAAACUCUGCACCCAUUAUAAAUGGCAAGCAGAGAUAUGCUGUGAACAGCGUCUCAUUUGUUCCUGCAGACACCCCUCUGAAACUUGCAGACUAUUUCAAGAUCCCCGGAGUUUUCAGCCUUGGAAGCAUUCCCAGCAACCACCUGGGGAGUUGCAUACCUCCUGACCUCGGUCAUGGCUGCUGA